AUGGGUCGUUCUCCGAGUCCAACUUUGGAAGAAAACAAAGCUUUUGUUAGAGGAUUAACUGAAGAUGUGGACGAGAGCAUGAUUACCAGUUAUUUUUCAAAAUAUGGAAGAGUUACCGAAGUUUAUUUAGCUCGAGAUUUUGAAACAAAACUGCCCAGAGGCUUUGCCUUUGUGACUUUUGAAAAUAGUAAGGAUUGUGAAAAUGCCUGUAAAACGCUGAAUGGAAAGGUAAAUUAA